UUAGUGAAGCUGCACACUCGGGAGAGGGAAUAAAAGCAAAACUGCACUUGUAACGUUGGAAAAGCAAAUAUGCAUUGCGAUGCAAUUUGUUUAUUUUUUUUAAAAAAAAACGCAAAAUUAAAACAAAAGUGGGACGUGAGGAGUGCUAAACAUUGCAAACAACAAGAAGGGAAUAUAACGGAUGGGAGAGCUGGAUAGAUAAUUGCAGUAGGGGUUCCACACGUAGACAAGCAAAGGGAUGCCCUUCGAUAUAAUGUCAGGCAGCGCGUGGUAACUCAGUUCCCGGGUCAACGUUCCAAAUCCCCGGGCCAGGGUUCCGCAGCGCGCGCCGCCAGGCGGGCGGCCCACUGUAUGUUACACAGUUUGUUACACAAGUUGUUACAUAUUUUGUUACACUGCCCCCCGUUUGCUACACGUGGGCGCGGAGCCGCUCAUUCCGCUCUGAAUGCAAACUCUCCAUCUCUCCCUCGCUGUCUUGGGUUCGUGGAGUUCCGUGACAGAUUCCUUCCAGCAGCAGCAGCCGCCGCCGCCACCGGUGGAUCCCGGUGCCUGCAAUUUCGCCAGUUUACCAUGCGCCGGGUGGAAGCCCCAGGGGAGGGCAGCCGAGCGAAUUUGGAGGGAUAACGCCGGCGUUUGCAUAACCCGAUCGGGAGCAUGCUGUGCGUGUUUCACCACGGACGCGUCGCGGUUCGGGGGCCGAGCCUGUCGUGGUGGAGUGGGUGCUGGGCAUCGGUGCACCCAAGGGGCUGGAGGCUGCCCUCUCCCCUGGGCAGCCCCCCGUCUCUCACCUUCUGCUCCAGGGGCAGUGGGAAGGGCAAGAACCAAGGCCCAGACGAGCCCACGGCUGCUUUCUCUCUGGUGACGGUGACCGAGAUCCGGCAGUACCUCCGAGCCAAGGGAGUCCCGUUCCACGACGGUUACAGCUGCCUCCAGGCACCAAGCCCGUUCGCCAGCACAGUACCUGGGCCGAGCGCAGUGACCGCGAAGGAGAACUUCUCCCUGUUCAUCGACAAGACAACAGGAGGGUUCGUGUGCAAGGAGAGCCUGCUGGAGGGCAGCUGGAGGGAUUUACAGGAUUGCCUGGAGGUGAUGCAGAAGGAAGGCCGACAGAGCUUGGGCCCCAACGUGCGGCUUGAGGUGCCGGAGAGCGACUGGGAGCUGAGCGAGUGGGAGGCUGAGCUGAGCGAAGCCCGGAGGAUCUGGGACGGGGCAGUGGCCUUGCCAGACCUGCCCCGGGAUGUGGUGCAGUCGGUCAAGGCCGUGUUCGGGAUCGAGAAGGUUCCCGAGGCCACCCUGGGGAAGCUGAGCGUCAGGUAUUGCCAGGCCUCUGGGAGUCUAGUGUUCCCCUGGUUCGGAGGCAGAGACUCGGGCCUGAAAGGCCUGAAGCUGCUCUCUGCCAAGCGAGAUGGUGAACGACUAAACUACACAGCAAUGACGCUACCCCGGGCAGGCCGUUACAACAACCUCUUUGGCCUCCAUGUCCUGUCCAGGAAGGAUACGGCGCUCGUCCUGACCGCCAGAGAGACUGAUUGCCUGGCGGUCAGCUGUUCCACCGGUCUUCCCUGCAUCUCCUUGCCCCGCGGGGUCACUUGCCUGCCGCCUGUGCUCCUGCCAUACCUUGAGCAGUUCAAGAGGAUCACCCUGUGGUUGGGCAGCGACCUCCGGGCCUGGGAGGCCUCCAAGAUCUUCGCCCGGAAGCUCAACGUCAAGCGGUGCUACCUGGUGCGGCCCAGCGAGCAGCAGCCCUGCCCUCUCGAGGCUCUGGGGGCUGGUCUCCACCUGGGCAAGAUUGUGAAGAGCGCCAUGGCGGCCAGCCACAAGUCCAUCAUCUCCUUCCGUCAGCUCAGGGACGAGGUCUUUGGAGAGUUGGCCAACGUUGAGCAGGUCUCCGGUAUCAAGUGGCAGCGCUUUCCUGACCUCAACAAACUCCUCAAAGGCCAUCGCAAAGGGGAGCUGACGGUUUUCACAGGGUCUACAGGCAGUGGGAAGACCACCUUCAUCAGUGAGUAUGCCCUGGACCUCUGUAUCCAAGGUGUGAACACCCUGUGGGGAAGCUUUGAGAUCAACAAUGUGCGUCUGGCCAAGAUUAUGCUGACUCAGUUUGCGAUGCAGCGCCUGGACGAUCAGCUGGAGAAGUACGACGAGUGGGCGGACAAGUUCGAGAACCUGCCGCUGUACUUCAUGACGUUUCAUGGCCAACACAGCAUCAAGUCAGUUAUCGACACAAUGCAACAUGCGGUUUACAUGUAUGACAUCAGCCACGUCAUUAUAGACAACCUGCAGUUCAUGAUGGGACAGGAACACUUCACCAUUGACAAGUUUUCCGCGCAGGAUUACAUUGUCGGGACAUUUAGGAAGUUUGCUACGGACAAUAGCUGUCAUGUGACUCUGAUCAUCCACCCCAGAAAGGAGGACGAUAACAAGGAACUGCAGGCAGCUUCAAUCUUCGGGACUGCCAAGGCAAGCCAGGAAGCUGACAACGUGGUCAUUCUUCAGGAUAAGAAGCUGGUCUCCGGCCAGGGCAAGCGCUACCUGCAGGUGGUGAAGAAUCGCUUCGACGGAGAGCUGGGAAUCUUCCCGCUGGAGUUCAAGAAGGAUUCACUAACCUUCUCUCCUGUCAAGGGGAGAGCCAAGCUAAGGAAGGUGAAGGAGGACAGCGACAACACCCCAGAGCAGCCCGGGAAGUCCACCAAUGCCAAAGAGAAAAAGUGACAGAGAAGCCCCUCCCGCUUAGGAAGGAGAACUGGCGGAGGAGGGGAGCAUGGCGGCCAUUAGCCUCCCACUUACUGUGAACUCAGGAUCCACAAUUGUGAGGUUUCCUGUCGCGUUAACACUCACAACAGCUUGGCAGGACGGUGGAACCAGCACCCAUCCUUUAACUGGGGGACCUCGGCCAGUGGGGCGGGCCUGGCUGCCUUCUCAGUGGGAGCGUGGACCUUCCUUAAUCCGUUUCCUUCAGAGAUCAGCCUCCAGUGCCCCAUUACAUUCUCAGCACUAUCGUCCUGUGGGACAAUGAUACUGACAGAACUUUUAAAACACUCAGUAACUGUUUUGGUCCGCAGAAUUGUUGUCAUUUACUGUCCAUCCCAAUCUUCGACCUGUCCUUAACCUUACUUGUGGCCCAGUUCCAUCUUCCCUCCUCCUCUUCAUCAAUAACAUAAAGGCCCUGUCCCCCCCACCUUCCAGUCUUGAAGAAAGAUCACUGAACUCAAAACAUUAAGUUUCCCUUCCCACAGACGCAGAGUUUUUCUGGAAUCUUCUACAUUUGAUUCAGAGUCUUAGAAGUGAUUGAAAAUGGCAGCUAUUACUAACCCACCUUAAACCUAAACCCACAGUCUGUCCUUCACAGAGACAGACAAAAAAAACGCCUGUAGAUUUUCUCUGCAGCGGACCUGAAGGCAAAGAAAGAAAGGACUUGCAUUUAUAUAUCACCUUGCAUGGCCUCAGGACUCCUAAAGUACUGUACGGUCAGUGAUGCUCUGCAGUCCAAUUGUUGAUUCAUUCUCAGCCCCAGUGAGAGAGACUUACUGAAUCCAGGGUACACAGAGCUGGCGUCCGUUGUCUCCAUCGCUGACCAAUGCCCGACAAGAGAACUGACAAUGAGAAUGCUUGAAAUUUAUUGCCUUUUAUUUUAGUAUUUGUUUGUGAUGGACUGCAGCCAAAUUUGGGAACCUAAUUCCCUGAUGUUGACAGACUGAGUACAGCCCAUCACUGGCCGUCCAGUUUUACAGUCCCCAUCACCUCCAGCUUCAGCUGUGAAGGUGCUGUUUGGAAAUGACCAGGAAGAGAGCUGCAGGUACUGGGAAUCAGAAACGAAAGCAGGAAAUGCUGGAAACACUUGUUGCGGCUGGACACUUUGUGGAAAGAGAAAACAAACUCAUGUUUCAGCUUGAAGACUUUGCAGCAGAACAGAGAUGUGUGAAUGGUUUUCGGUGUAAAAUAUUUAACGCUGUUUCUCCUUUCACAAGAUGGCCGGUGUUUUCCAGUAUUUUGGAUUUUUAUGUAAAAACUGUGAGGCCCUUUCUAGGAAUACCUGUGAUUAUGUGUCUGCAUCUGUCUGUGUUUGUCUGUGACUGUCUGUCUCUGUCUGUCCCUGUGUCUGUCUGUCUGUGACUGUCUCUGUUUGUUUAUCUGUCCAUGUGUGUGUGUCUGUCUGUCUCUGAUGCCUGGAUAUGUGCCUUCCAAUGAGUUUGCCUUUCAGUACAUGCAUAUCCAGGUGUGUGUAUGUGCACAGUACAUAUUCAUGUGGGUUUCUAACCCAACUAACUACCUCCUUGUUUACCAAAGCACAUACACUUGCUCUCCUUUCGAAACCUGGAGAUUUUUAUGUUCACAUAAUUAUCUCAAACUUGGUUCCAUCCUAUGACCUGUUCUCAAGCUGGAGCUGAAGGAAUGAAUUUGACCCUGAUUAAAACUGCUGAGGAAGGCAUUAAUAUGUUUAAUUCUGCUCCCUGUUCCUAUCACAGAGGCUGUGACACUGAUCUGAUUGUGUUGCAGUGUACGAUUGUUUCAUUCUGAGUCCUGUGCUAGAUGCACUGCCUGUGUACGUAUCUCGGGAUCACGUGCUUCUUAAAAGAUGACUGUCUACUUUGAACUUUGAGCUGAAUUAUGCACCAUUUUCCCAUCCAAUCCUUUUUAAAACAAAAUCAUGCUUUAUUUCCAAUGUCGCUACUAAGAGCUAGAAUUAAUUAUGCAAAUUUGAUUUGAUUAGAGAUUAUGUCUGACUAUUCAUCACGUUUCUGAUGUCAUCUUUUGUAAUAAAA